AUCACUUAUAUUCUGGUCUCCUAUCACAGUUUUCAAAUGCAAUUCAAACGCUUGUCAUAAUUAAACUGCAACCCGUCUCAGAGGGAGCCGGAAAGGUCGUGACAAUCGAGACGCGGCUCUUCAUCUAAAGGUGGGCAGAGAUAAACGUGUUCGCGUAACACAAUGCCGCUGUCGCUGCAUAUGGUGGCUUACACCGCAUUUUCUGACCGCCGCUGGAGACAAUCCCGAGUCCCGAAGCCUCGAUACUACCAUAAUAUUUCUAAGGAUACACAGGAUACUCAGUGUGAAAAGUGAUAAUAGAGAGUGUCUGAUUCUCAGCGGUAGUCACGGAGGUCUGACGGCUGCAAACAGCGGACAUGGUACCUUACUGGAGCAUAAAAGGUGGACCUCGAUGGCCCCCCGCCGGAUCACUAUCAGAGCAGGAACGCCCCCAAUUGUGCCACCAACAGUCACCGAACCUUGGCAUCUGUCGAAUCAUUGGGUUCCACGCGCCACUAACUUAGAUAGUAGGCAUUUGUCAAAUUACACAUGGAGAACCUUGCGCCCGCAUGCGUUGACUGCAGGACAUGGUGGGGAAUAUUGACAGACACGUGUGUGGAAGUGCUUUGAUGCUCACGAACGGAUGUCAAUAGGUGUGACGGUUGGGUGAUGACUGGACUAUAGAGGGCUUCGAAACAGACCAUCGCCCGCUUGCUCAAACUUUUAUGUAUGUCCAUACCUGUUGGUGGAGCCAACAGUGGCAAUGAAGCUGCCAAGCAUGCAUCUGUAGCAGCUGGAGCCCGCCACGAAGCACUGGACCAGUUUGUGAAGCAGUUCUUCGAUGUAGCAGGGAAUGAUUUGAUCCCAUCCACUCCCAAGGAUUUCAAUCCAAGCCCUCCAAAUUUUCUACCCCAGGUUCAGAACGCCUACGCACGUAAAUGGGCUCUGAAAGUCCAUGGGUUAUGGUUAGAGCUUACUCGAAAAGUCUCACCUUCUGUAGCCAAAGAACCAAACCAGCAUACUUUGCUUCCGCUCAACUACUCUGUUGUGAUACCUGGUGAGCGGUUCAAAGAAGCUUACUACUGGGAUAGCUAUUGGGUUAUCAAAGGUUUACUUGUAAGCGGCAUGACGGACACUGCUAAGGGAGUGAUUGAGAAUUUAAUGGAGCUUGUGGAGAGGUACGGCUUCGUGCCAAACGGAGCUCGUGUUUAUUAUGAGAAUAGAAGCCAACCUCCACUGCUGAGUAUGAUGAUCCGUGCUGUGUACGGCAAAACUCGCGACCAGACUUUACUCAAGCGAGCUAUGCCAAUUCUUCUGAAGGAGUAUGCAUUUUGGACUUCAGGGCGGCAUGAGGUCAAGGUGCGGGACAACAAUGGUGAUGAACAUCGCCUCAGUCGCUUUUGGGCUAAUUGGGACGCUCCACGGCCUGAAUCUUUCACCAUUGACGUAAAUGUGACUCAAGGGAUGAGCAAAAGUAGGGAAGCCCAACUGUAUCAUGAUAUUGCAACAGCUGCUGAGUCCGGCUGGGAUUUCAGUUCUCGAUGGAUGGAAGACGGACAAAACCUGAAAACUCUUCGGACAUCCAAGAUCAUCCCCGUAGACCUGAACGCCUAUCUUUUCCAGAUGGAGAAGAACAUUGAGUACUUUGCGAAAAUACUUGGCAAUCAGACCACUGAGAUGCGGUUUGCGAUUGCGGCGAAGGACCGUCAGAGGGCGAUUCAAAAGGUUCUUUGGAAUAGGAAGAAGGGCCAGUGGUAUGACGUUUGGCUACACCCGAACCGUUGUAGUUACAGCGAAACAGACAACAGAACGGUUGUUUUUGAGUGGAAGCAGAAGAGACGUACUUAUAUCUCAAAUUUUAUUCCUCUUUGGGCCGGCAUUUUACCCAAAGGAGACGUGAGGAAGGAGAAGGUCAUUGAAGCACUGCUCGACUCUGGGCUGGUACUUCCAGCAGGUGUUGCAACAUCGCUGAAGAAUACUGGUCAACAAUGGGAUUUUCCGAAUGCAUGGGCGCCCAUGGUCGAUAUGAUUAUUGAAGGUCUAGAAGCAAGUGGAUUUUUGACCGGAAAAUUGAUGGCGAAGAACAUUUCUCGGAACUGGCUGCGUUCAAAUUAUGUGGCUUAUGAACAGGUCGGGAAGAUGGUGGAAAAAUAUGACGCUACUAGUUGUGGGAAGAUUGGUGGUGGUGGAGAAUAUAAUCCACAGGUUUUGGGUGGAGUAAUGGUGUUGUCUUGUCUCUUCUGCACAAGUAUGGGUGGCCUGCCAAUGAACCAUUUAUCUGCGAAGAUCAGUUGGAGAUUAGAUAGCACCGUUCUAGAGUGGAACCCAUUAGCACUAGAUGUAGGCUGUCAACUACAAGGUGGUAACAGGUACCAUUUUUGGCACGAAUAUGUAACAAUUAUUGCGGAUCAUGUAUAUAAAUCUGACUCUUCCAAGUCCAAUUCCAGAGUUCUUCAAACUUUUCAAAAAGUCAAUCUUAAAGGUUUGUUUGAAAAAUGUGCAUGUUCUCAGCAUCAGGAAGUGAAAAGGUGUAAUGUUGGUAAUUGGGGCCUAUGGUUUGGAUCCUCUUCUUUGAAUCCACACCUUCUAUUUUCCACAUCCUUUCAAAUAAUGCUUAGGUGUAGAUGCAACAGUUGCAUGGGACAUGUAGUGCUUUUCCCUUUUGAACCCUGGAACCUGAAUUGUCCUGAUCCUCGGACUCCAUGUCACAGCAGCAGCAUCAUGAUUAGAAUUUCAACUGUCAAGAAUAGAGAAUACAAACCAGCUGAUACCACAAGUGUAGCCGGCAAUAAUGCUGUUCAGGUCCUUGGGACUGACUACAGAGCCUCCUUAUCAGUCUAUUGGGAUCAUGAUUAUCUUCAUAAUCUCCACAAUCAAGAAACCCUAAAAUAGCCCUAAGACUUGGUC